CGGGCAGCGGCGGAGGCGCAGGGCCGGGGCAGAGGCGCUGCUGGCCGGCUCGGGCGUCGGCGGCCUCCCGAGGGAACAAAGGGCGCCCGGCCAUGCCUCCUCCUGCCCGCCGCCGACGCGCGCCCUGGACGCUGCUGUUGCCGCUGUGCACGCUCUGCGGGAUCUGCACCCCGAGCCCGGACAGGAGGGGCUACUUGGUGGCCGUGCCUUCGGUCUUCCGGGCGGGGGUGGUGGAAACCAUCAGUGUGGUCAUCUUCAACCCGGCCAAGGAGACAACGGUCCAGAUUCAGCUGUCAGUCAAAGGAGAGACGGUGGCACGAGGGCACGGAACGGUUUUGGGCAAAGGAACCAUCAAGCUCAAGGUGCCCCCGGGGCUACGGGGCCAGGCGCACCUCAAGGUAUGGGGCAACCGUUACUUGGCGGAAGAGGGCUACAUUUUCCACAACCACACCACGGUCACCAUCGACAGCAAGGGUGCUUCCGUCUUCAUCCAGACCGACAAACCCGUCUACAAGCCGAAGCAGAAAGUGCUGAUCAACCUGUUUACCGUCAGCCCGGACUUGCGGCCCGUUGAUGAGAAGGUUGAAGCCUACAUUGUGGAUCCCCGUGGGUCUCGGAUGAUCGAAUGGAACAACCUGAAACCGGUUUGUUGCGGCGUCCUCAACGUCAGCUUCCCUCUAUCCGACCAGCCCGUCUUCGGAGAGUGGGUCAUCUUUGCCGCCUUGCAAGGCCAGGUGUACAACAAGACCUUUGAAGUCCAGAAGUAUGUUCUACCCAAAUUCGAGGUGCGCAUCGACCCCCCUCGCUACAUCCGGGACCUCGGCGCGUGUGAGAAGGCGACCGUCCACGCCAGGUACACUUUUGGGAAGUCCGUCGCCGGCAGGCUGGCCAUCAACAUGACGGUCAACGGCGUGGGCUACUACAAGCAUGAAUCCGGCCACCCGGUUCUCAAAACCAUGGAGAUUGACGGCUCUGCGGAUUUCGCCGUGUGCGUGCGGGACAUGAUGCCGUCGGACGUCCCCGAGCAUUUCCGCGGCGCCGUGAGCAUCUGGGCGACGGUCACGGGGGCCGACGGGAGCCGCCAGGUCACCUUCGACGACUCCACCCCGGUCCAGAAGCAGCUGGUCGACGUCAAGUAUAGCAGGGGGACCCCAAAACACUUCAAGCCGGGCCUCCCUUACAGGGCGAAGGUGGAAGUCACGUACCCCGACGGGAGCCCUGCGGACGGUGUGAGGGUCCGCGUCAAGGCUGAACUGACCCCCAAGGACAACAUCUACACCAGCGAGCUGGUGUCCCGUGGCGGAUCGGUGGAAUUCGAAAUCCCCUCCAUCCCCCCCGCUGCCCAGUACGUCUGGCUGGAGACCAAAGUCACGGCCCUGGGAGGGGCGUCGGCCGGGGACCAGUACCUCCCCAGUUUCCUCUCCAUCAGCGGCUGGUAUUCCCCGAGCAAAUGCUACAUCCAACUUCAGAUGCCGGAACGGCCUUUCCAGGUGGGUGAAGAGGCGUCCGUCAUGCUGAAGUCCACCUGCCCGUGCAAUUUCACCCUCUACUACGAGGUGGUUUCGCGGGGGAACAUCGUCCUCUCGGGGGUGCAGCCCUCGGACGUCACCCGGCAAAGGAGCAAGAGGGACGCCCUCGGGAGCGUCACCCACGUCCCAGGCCCGACGGCCCCUCCUGCACCCGAGAUGAACACCUGUGUCACCUCGCUCCGCUUCUCCGUGACCCCCAAGAUGGCCCCCCUGGGACGCCUCCUCGCCUACUACGUCCGGGAAGACGGGGAAGGGGUCACCGACAGCCUGCAGUUUGCUGUCAAGCCCUCCUUCGAGAACCAGGUUUCCGUGGCGUUUUCCACCAACGAGACCCGUCCGGGAGACACGCUGACCCUCAAGGUGGCCGCAGCCAGGGGGAGCUGCGUCUGCCUGGCCGCGGUGGACAAGAGCGUCCACCUCCUCAAGCCGGGCUUCCAGCUGACCACGGACCAGAUCUUCCAGGAGAUGGCGGACUACGACGUGUCGGACGCUUUCGGCGCCGCCAAGGAGGAUGGGCAUUUCUGGUGGGCAGGGAUGUCUUCCCGCCGCCGGCGUUCCUCCAUCUUUCCCUGGCACUGGGACAUCACCAAGGACGCCCGCUUCGCGUUCACGGAAACUGGCCUGGUGGUCAUGACGGAUGUGGUCAGUCUCCACCACCGGCAGCACGGAGGGAUGUACACGGACGAGGCCGUCCCAGCUUUCCAGCCCCACACGGGGACCCUCGUCGCCUCGGCCCCCUCCCGGGUGGCGCCCAGAGCGGAUAAGAAGAAGAGGACCUUUUUCCCUGAGACGUGGCUGUGGCGCUGCUUCAACGUCAGCGACGUCUCCGGGGAAGCCCACCUGUGGGUGGAGGUGCCCAGCUCCAUCACCACAUGGCUAGCGGAGGCCGUGGGCAUCUCGGAGGAGAAGGGCCUUGGCCUGGCCCCCCAAGCCCAGCUGAGGACCUUCAAGCCCUUCUUUGUGGACUUCUCCCUGCCCUACAGCGUCAUCCGUGGGGAGCAGACCAAGGUCCCCCUGACCGUCCACAACUACCUGCCCGUGUGCGUGGAGGUCCACGUGAAGAUCUCAGUGCCCAAAGGGAUCAAGUUUGUCGGCCACCCAGGGAAGCAUCUCCUGACCAGGAAGAAGUGCGUCGCUCCCGGAAAAGCCAAGCCAACGUCCAUCGUCCUCGCCUUCACUGAACUGGGGCAAAGCAACAUCACAGCCAAAGCCUUUGCUUACCCCGGGAGCUGCUGCCAGGAGACCUCCCCGUUUGCCAAGAACGGGAGGCAGCCCGAGGACAUCUAUGCCGACAAGAGGACGCCAAUCGGGACCGACUACGUCCGGAGGAGCAUCUUAAUCGAGGCAGAGGGUCUGACCAGAGAAUACACCUACAGCGUAUUUUUCUGCCCUAACGAGAAAAUCCACAUUUUCACCCCCAACAAAUACGAGUACCAGUACGUGAGGAAGCCGGCCUGGAUGGGGCAUUUCGAGGUGUCGGUCAAAGCCCACCACAGUGCCCACCUGGCGCUGUCGGCCGGACCCCAAGACAUGGCCGAGAUGACGGAGAUCGUGAUCGGGGGUCGCCAGAACACCAAGACGUGGAUCUCGACCAGCAAGAUGGGGGAGCCCGUGGCCAUCGCCGAGACGCCCGGCAUCCUCUCCUGGGACGAGUUCCGGAGCUUUUGGGUCAGCUGGGCCAACGGGGUCGUCCAGGUGGGCCACGGCCCCUCCGCCCUCAACGAGUCGGUCAUCGUGAGCUGGGCGCCCCCCCGGCCGCCGGACGUGAAGUACGUGGGGUUCUCCACGGGCUGGGGCUCGGUCGGCGAGUUCAAGAUCUGGAGGAAGAAGGAGGCGGACGAGAACCACAACGAGGCCUUCACCCUGGGCGUCCCUCACAACGUCAUCCCCGGGUCGGAGAGGGCCACUGCCUCCGUCAUCGGGGACGUGAUGGGCCCGACCCUGAACAACUUGGACAACCUCUUGCAGCUGCCUUUCGGCUGCGGGGAGCAGAAUAUGAUCCAUUUUGCGCCCAACAUCUUCGUCCUCAAGUACCUGCAGAAAACGCGGCAGCUCAGCCCCGAGGUGGAAAGGGAGGCGACAGAUUACCUGCUGCAAGGGUACCAACGCCAGCUAACCUACAAGAGGCAAGACGGAUCCUACAGUGCCUUUGGCGAAAGGGAUUCCUCGGGGAGCAUGUGGCUCACCGCCUUCGUCCUGAAGUCCUUUGCCCAGUCGCGCGGCUUCAUCUUCAUCGACCCCAAGGAGCUCUCGGCCGCCAAGGACUGGCUUAUCCGGCACCAGAAAGAGGACGGCUCCUUCCCGGCACGAGGGCGGAUUCUGAACAAGGACAUCCAGGGAGGAAUCCACGGGAAAAUAUCGCUGACGGCGUACGUGGUCGCCGCCCUGCUGGAGACAGGAGUCGCCUCCGAGGAAGAAAAGAGCGCAGUGGCGAAGGCCAAGGAGUUUCUGGAGUCCAACUUCUUCUCGGCCAAAGACCCCUACACGGCUGUGCUGACCGCCUACUCCCUCACGCUCCUGAGAAGCCUCUCGGCGCCCGUUGCCCUGCAGAAGAUGAACGCCAUGGCCCUCGCGCAAGACGGCUUCACCCACUGGAGUCUGAUGGGCACCCUGGCGACGGGCGAGGACACUUUCAUGGGCUUCAACGACGGGCUCUCCCAGUCGGUGGUGUCAGCCGAAGUCGAGAUGACAGCCUACGCGCUCCUGACUUACACCAGCCUGGGGGACGUGGCGUCUGCGCUGCCCGUCGUCAAAUGGCUGUCGCAGCAGAGGAACGCCCUGGGGGGUUUUUCCUCCACCCAGGACACCUGCGUGGCCCUCCAGGCCCUGGCCGAAUACGCCAUCCUUUCGUACGUCGGAGGGGUCAACCUCACCAUCUCUCUGGCCUCCACCAACUUGGACUACCAGGAGACCUUCGAGCUGAACCGGGGGAACAAAAAGCUGUUGCAGACGGCCAGGAUUCCAUCCCUUCCCACAGGGCUGUUUGUGAGCGCCAAGGGAGACGGCUGCUGCCUCCUGCAGAUCGACGUGGCCUACAACGUCCCCGACCCGGUGGCCAAGCCGUCCUUCCAGCUGCUGGUCAACCUGCAGGAGCCCAAGCUGAAGAGGCACCGGAGGGCCCCCCCGCGGCCCCCCAAGCCCGGCCCUCCGGAGGAGACCCCCCAGCGCAGGGCUGACCAGGCGCUGGGGGACGACGACGACCCGGCCGCCGACCAGGACCACCAGGAGUACCGGGUGAUGGUGGAAGCCUGCAUGAGGUGGCUGCAUUUGGGUUCUUCCAACAUGGCCGUCCUGGAGGUGCCCCUCUUCUCGGGCUUCCAAGCCGACCUGGAAAGUCUGGAACAGCUCCUCUCGAACAAGCAGAUCGGCCUGAAACGCUACGAGGUGGACGGGCGGAAAGUCCUCUUCUAUUUCGACGAGAUCCCCAGCCAGUGCAUGACAUGCGUCAAAUUUGUGGCCUUCCGGGAAUACAUCGUGGGGAAGACGGCCCCCGUCCCCAUCAAAGUGUACGACUACUACGAACCAGCCUUCGAAGCCACCCGUUUCUACAACGUCAGCGAGAACAGCCCCCUGGCCCGGGAGCUCUGCGACGGCCCACUCUGCAACGAGGUGGAGAGCGCCGCCAGCCACUGGGUCGGUUUCGUCCACACGGGGCUUUGCAACAGCCUCUCGGGCUGCCAGGAGGAAGGCUACUUUGAGCAGUGUGUGUGUUCGCGGGACUGCGGAUCCGACGGCGACCCCGUUUGCGGCUCCGACGGCCUCGUCUACCCCAACCACUGCCAGAUGGAAGUGGCCGCUUGCGGGAACGGAACUCGGAUCGAGCAGAUCCCCAUGGCCCAGUGUGCGGCCGGCCAGAAUCACCCGGGAGAGACAGAGCCUGACUUCCGAACUCUGGAGCUGCCCGGUGUCUCGGAGCGACAAACCCCGAUCGAGGAAGCCCCCACCUCCCAGCUGGACUUCCCCUACUACUCCUACGAAUACGAAGUCGACCCUUACGCCAUGUCGGAAGGGGACGCCUUUGAGCUGACGGCCCCCAGCAGCACCGCGGCAGCAGGAGGGGGCCGGAUUCGGGGGACGCCGGUGCCCACGGGGGAGUGAAGGGGCUCUCUUCCCCCCAAUUCAGCAGAGGCUGCCCCACGCCGGAGACCCAGCCGAGCCAAAGCCCAGCUGCCCCCCAGGCAAACUUUGCCCAUCCUGCCCGCUCCCCCCAGGCCCUCCGCACAUGCUCCGUGCCAACCCCUUGCCCCCUUGCGCCACGCAAACCCAGGAGCUUUCCUGCCGCAGAGGUGGAGCACAGACUCUCUCCCUCCCCAGCCAAGCCUCGUUCGGAUCCGGACCCUGCUUCCUCCCCCACCCCACCCAGCUUGGAGAGGCAAAGGUGGGCAAGAGGAAGCUGCCUGCCCGUGCCCGGCAAGAUCUCGCGGCACCCUCGAGACGCUCCACGAAC